AUGGAAGAGCUUCCAGGAGAUGAAACUGCCGACGAAGAAGCAACACUCGAAGCAGACGAAGCCGAGGUGCUUGGAACAGCGAUUGAACUAACGGAAGAGCUUCCGGAAGGCGAAAUCACCGAGGAAGAAGUAGCACUUGAAGCAGGUGACGAAGAAGCUGAGCUGCUGGGAACAACGACUGAGCUAACGGAAGAGCUUCCGGAAGGCGUAAUCACCGAGGAAGAAGUAGCACUUGAAGCAGGUGACGAAGAAGCUGAGCUGCUAGGAAUAGCGGUUGAGGCUGAGCUGAUGGAAGAGCUUCCAGGAGACGAAACUGCUGGCGAAGAAGCAGCACUUGAAGCAGCUGACGAGGAAGCCGAGCUGCUAGGAACAGCGGUCGAGGUAGAGCUGACCGAAGAGCUUGCGGAAGAUGAAACUACCGAUGAAGAAGUGACACUUGAGACAAGCGAUGAAGAAGCCGGGCUGCUGGGAACAGUAGACGAGGCGGGCGAGCUGACUGAAGAACUUUCAGACGGUGAAACGAUUGACGAAGAACUAGCACUUGAAGUAGCACUAGAAACAGGAGAAGAAGAAGCCGAGCUGCUGGCAACAACGGUUGAGGCAGACGAAACAGCAGAGCUGGAAGAGGCCGAUGAAACAGACGACGACCCACUCUGA